AUGUUGCCUCGUGAAGAUCCGGGUUCGUGUUCAACUCAGCUUUUGAAUGUGAAACAAGAACCUUAUGAACAGAGAGGACCAAAUCUACCUUCUACGCCAGUAGAUCUUUCUUUUCAUAUAGGUCUUACUGGUGCAGAAUCAGUUAGGAACAUUCCAGCUUCUUCAAGAGUGGAGGCCGGUGAUCAUAGUUUGGAAAGUUCGGAGGUUCGUCCUCCUCUUAAACCACAACCUUCCGGCACUAUUAAGGCUAAGAGCGAGGAUAAUCAUGAGAAGUUAGGUGGCUGUUCCACUUCUAAUGUAGCAGAUAAUGCAAGAGCUAUUAAUGGAAAUGUCUCGUGUUGUCCAAACAAUUACCGUCAGAAAGGUCCUCGUAUUGCAAAGGUUGUAUGUCGUAUCAACUGCAACGUUGAGCCUUUGGAAUUUGGAAUUGUAUUUUCUGGAAAGUCCAGGUGCAGCAGUCAGGCUAUUUUUCCAAAGGGAUUUAGAAUCCGUGUUCGAUAUAUAAAUAUCUUAGAUCCGUGCAGUACAUGCUACUAUAUUUCAGAAAUUCUUGAUGCUGGACGCGGUUCUCCUUUAUUUAUGGUUUCCUUGGAAAAUAGUCCAAAUGAGGUCUUCAUUCGUAUGUCCGCAAUAAAAUGCUGGGAUCUGGUUAGAGAAGUUGUGAGUCUUUUAGAUAAGCAAAUACAAGAAAUGAAGUUAAUGACAAAUGCGAUAAGAAGAUUGGAAGGGCAAGAAGAUCUCCGAGCCAGUCAAACAAGUUCGAAGCGACUGGUUGUGAAUGGCAAGGCAGACUAUGACUUGCAUUCAGAGAGAUCAUUAUCCCCGCCUGCAUCUGUUGAACCAUCAGGUCCUCCUCAUCCAAAAUCAUAUAUGGAGAUAAUGGCCAUGGUCCAAAGAGGGGAGAAGCCUUCUAACAUCAGAGAGAUCAAUGAUUUACCCCCCCAACCCAAGUCAACAGCCAUCUGA